AUGAAGCCACCACUCUUGGUGCUUUCUGUGUGUCUGCUGUGGUUGAAGUAUUGUCACAGUGCACCUACUUGGAAGGACGCAGCUGCUAUGGAUGGAAACCUGAAUAGUCUUUUGGAGGUGAGGGAAACAGAUAUAGGAGGAGAGGUGAAGAAGGCUUUGAUUGGCAUUAAGCAGAUGAAAAUCAUGAUGGAAAAGAGAGAGGAGGAGCACACAAAACUGAUGAAAACCUUGAGGAAAUGCAAAGAAGAAAAGCAGGAGGCCCUGAAACUCAUGAAUGAAGUGCAAGAACAUUUGGAGAAAGAAGAAAAGUUAUGCCAGGCAUCUUCUGUGGAUUCCUGGGAUGGAUGCAGGCCGUGUCUGGAAAGUAACUGCAUGAGAUUUUACACAGCUUGCCAACCUGGUUGGUCCUCCGUGAAAAAUACGAUGGAGCAAUUUUUCAGGAAGAUGUACCGAUUUCUAUUUCCCCUCAGUAAAGAUGUGGAGGACACCCCUGCCGCCAAACAGCUGACAGAAGAUUUACAAGUGACAAAAAUGGAGAACCUCUUCAGCCAGUUAGCUGUGGAUGUGAAAUCUCUCUUCAAUAUGAGCUUUUACAUUUUCAAACAGAUGCAGCAAGAAUUCGACCAGGCCUUUCAGUCAUACUUCUUGUCCAAUGUAGACUUAAUGGAGCCAUACUUUUCCCCAUCUAACCAAAAAGAGCUAACCAAAAAAGAAGAACUUGGGCAAAGGUGGGAUAUUCCCAAUGUCUUCCAGCUGUUUCAUAAUUUCAGUCUCUCUAUUUAUGGGAGAGUCCGAGAAAUAAUUACGAAGAUACUGAACACAAUUGAGGAUUCGUGGGAACCACACAAAGAGUUGGACCAGAGAGACCUGCCUUCAGAGAUGUUACCUGAGCAAAAUGGAGGAACAUGUGAGAAAUUGGCCCACAAUUUAUCUGGAUGUUUCAAAUUUCACGAAAGAUGCCGAAAAUGUCACAAUUACCUAGCUGAAGACUGCCCUGAUGUACCUGAACUACACAUAGAAUUCCUUGAGGCACUGAAAUUAGUCAAUGUAUCCAAUCAGCAAUAUGAUCAGAUUGUUUGGAUGGCCCAGUAUCAUCUGGAAGACACCACAUAUCUGAUGGAAAAGAUGCGAGAGCAGUUUGGAUGGGUGUCCCAACUAGCAAGCCAUAACCCAAUGGCUGAGGACAUCUUUAAUUCAACAAAGGCAAUUCCAAGAAUUCAUGGAGGAAAUUCUUCCAAACAGGAUGAAAUUAUGGUAGAUUCAAGCAUUCUGUCUUCCUCUAACUUCUCACUCCAGAGUCCCGAAGAAAGUGCUGAGAGCUCAAAUGUCAUUGACUAUGUGGUAGCAAAAGUUCUUCGGUAUUUUAAAGGACAUUUUAAAACUUGGUAA